AUGGCCACCCCUGCUCAGAACGCCAACAACAACGGUCCCAUUGACCACAACGACCUCAACGAGUGGAAGGACCGCUUCAACGACGUCCUCGCCCGCCCUAGCGAGCAUGUCAACUCCAAGUCUCCCGAGUCUUCCCAGCCCUGGCACAACGCCUUCUUUGGCUGCUUCGCUCCCAUCGACACCUGCCUGAUCACCUGCUGUGUCCCCUGUGUCACCUUUGGCAAGACCCAUCACCGUCUCCGCAAGAACGGUAACCUCGAUGGCUAUGAGCCCAUCAACACCUCUUGCCUGAUGUUCUGGGGCUCCUCCUGCUUCGGUCUCCACUUCAUCCCCCUCGCCCUCCAGCGUGCCAACCUCCGUGAGAAGCACAACCUCCAGGGCAGCUGCCUCGUCGACAUUGCCACCGCCUGCUGCUGCGGCUGCUGCGACCUGAUCCAGCAGGACAAGGAGGCCGAGUACCGCGAGGCCCAGGCCUCCGGCGCCCAGGGCUACAAGGCUAACGAGGGCAUGUCCUAUCCCGCCAGCAACUAA